AUGUCCUCCAACGUGAUGGAGCUACCGCCUCCUCCGGCAGAGGAAGACACCACCGCUUCCGAUGUGCUCACCAACGGAGAUCUCCUUGACAAGAUCCUUCUCCGCUUCGGAUGCCGGAGCUGCCUCGUUAGUGCCGCGCUCACCAGCAAGCACUGGCUGCGCGCCGCCUCCGGGCUCUUCGUCCCUGACUUCUGUGUGCGCCACCGGCCGCGCCUACUCGGGGUUUAUGUCUCCAGUUGCGGCAUCUCUGGCUCGGAGUUCAUCCCCCUCCUGGAACCUGAUGUACUCAACCAUGCCGACUUCGGUUUCGGCAACUUGCCGGUGCCGAACGUUUGGGACUGCCGAAAUGCAAUCGUCCUCUUCGAGUUCGGCGGCGAGACCUUCCACCACGCUGGCCGUGGUGCUCCCGCGGCCGCCGCAGCCGCCUUGUGCUACCGCGUCAACGUCCGCACCUGGGAUUCAUCGGACAAUACGGUCACGGUGAUGGUGUGUGUCCUGCGGUCCGGCUCCUGGGGCAUCCACUGCAUAGCCACAGAUCGUCUCACUAAGUCACCGGUCCAGAUCCUGCCAACUACUGUGCUUGCCGGCGGCAAGAUCUACAUGGCGACCCAAGGGGGGUACAUCCUGGGACUGAAACUGGCCACCAAGGGAUUCUUCAUCGUCGAUCUCCCUGAGGGUGUGGAGCAUGAUCAGUACCCAGGCAACUUUGUCCACUGUCGGGGAGACGACUCUGUCCUCUACCUCUUCCAUGUGGAUGGGGACAACAUGCUCAACAACGUCUGGCUCCGUAGGAUGAACGACGACCACGGGCAUGGCGGCGCUGGUGCUGCUGGCGGCAGCACCAACGGAUGGGUGCUCAGGGACACCAUUUCCGUGCGUGAGACUUGUGGCCAUCUCAUGGAGCAGGGUUGGGAGACGGCAGGCGAUGAGGAUGUGGACGCCGCCACAGUAAUGGUGAUCGGCGCUGGGGACAAUGCCGAGUUCGUGUUCUUGGAGCUCGGUAUAACUGGCAUCGUCGUGUACACGCAUAUCAAGAUCAGGGAGGCGUAUCAGAGGGAGCCAGACGAUGACUACUUGAUUAGUGUUCGUCCAUUCAUGUUCAUUAGGCCUCCUGUUUUCCCAGUACAGGAUGCUCUUGAAGGCGAGGCCGCACCACAUCAGGAGUAA